UUCUUUGACAUACAGUACAACAAUACUCGAACGUGAAUCACGAGCCGAUAUCUUUCCGACUUUGUUCCAGACUUUACCGGCGUCACGUUAUGACAGAACAUGGUUUUAAAAUCCCUGGAAGAUAAGAAUGGAUUUACACUUUGAUUUUUAAAGGACAUUCCCGUGAUUUUUCUAGCGUAAUUCAACUCUGUGGACCCUCGGAUGUUUGCACCGUAGCUCGGCAGUUUGUCAACAUAAACCUCGGCAGGAACUGAUGGAUAAUGGCGGCGGAGCCUCCUUCACCACCUCCUCCUCCUCCUCCUCUGACAUUCAGACUAUCAGUGCUGCCGUUUCCCCAAAACCAAACCCGGAACUGAAGAAACUACUGACUUUUAAGGUUUACAAGAGGAGGUGGUUUGUCCUGCUGGUUCUGUGUUUGUUAAACUGCUCCAACGCUACGAUAUGGCUGACAUUUGCGCCCGUGGCGGACCAGUCUGCCCAUUACCUGAAGGUCACGCUGGAAGAAAUCAACUGGCUGUCGCUGGUCUACAUGGUGGUGGCCAUACCGCUCAGCUUUGGGACCACGUGGAUGCUGGACACUCUCGGGCUCAGGAUCACGCUGAUCGUAGGCUCCUGGCUGAACAUGUUCGGAGCCAUGCUGCGCUUCUUUGGCACGCUACCGCCUGACCGGUACGGUGUCGACUACAACAUAGUGAUGGCGGGUCAGACGUUUGGAGCUCUGGCUCAGCCCCUCAUCAUCUUCACCCCCACUAAACUGGCUGCUCUCUGGUUCCCCGACCAUCAGCGGGCCACGGCGAACAUGAUCGCCUCCAUGUCUAAUCCUCUGGGCAUUCUCCUCGCUAACAUCAUCUCUCCUUUGAUCGUUAAGACUCCUGAACAGAUUCCAGCUCUGAUGAUGUCCUAUGCAGUCCCGGCAUGCCUCAUCUGUUUCCUAGCAACAGUGGGGAUACUGAGCGGCGCCCCGCCCACGCCUCCAUCAGCCAGUGCAGAGUCGUCCGGAUCUGAGCCGUUUGUACAGGGCAUCAAACUGUUACUAAAGAACAAACCCUACCUGGUCCUGCUGGUGUGCUUCGGCUCGGGCAUCGCGGUGUUCACCUGCUUCUCCACGCUGCUGGAGCAGAUCCUGUGCGUGCAGGGAUACAACAACGACUUCGCCGGCCUGUGCGGCGCCCUCUUCAUCGUGUUCGGUAUCAUCGGCGCCGGCGCAGUGGGUCUCUACGUGGACAAGACCAAGAAGUUCAUCGAAGCCCUGAAGAUCAACAUCAGCUUGUGUGCUGUAGCGUGCAUCGCGUUUUCAGUGGUGUCUCUGAUGCGUGAGCAGAAAGCCGCCGUUGCCGCCGUGUGCUCUCUCUUCGGCUUUUUCGGUUUCUCCAUUUAUCCCGUGGCUAUGGAACUUUCUGUGGAGUGUUCGUAUCCGGUGGGAGAAGCCACAUCUGCCGGACUCAUCUUCAUAUCAGGGCAGAUUCAGUCUGUCCUCUACAUCAUCGUCCUUCAGGCUUUGACCAAAAGACUCGCCGACUCUCCUCUGUCCACCUGCGGUGACGCCGUCCUGGGCUGGAAAGUGUCCAACAUGGUGAUGGCGGGACUGUGCAGUGUGUUCGCCUGCGGCCUCGUCAUCUUCUUCCACACGAGAUACAGACGACUGGAGGCCGAGGAGGAUGCGACCUACGGCACCAAACAACGCAAGAGCUCGGCGACGGCAGCGAGCGUUGACCGCGGCCUUAGCGUGAACUCGUGACUUGAGCACGGUCUCACGAUGAGAGGGAGAGCGAGAGAGGGAAUUAUGGGUAAAUGAAAAAAUGGAGAAAGUUACAUUCUUUCUUUGGUCAACUUCAGGUUUGAUUGUACAUGAAGGUACAAUAAUAUGUUUUAUUACCAUGGGUACUAACAAAUUAUCUUGAAGUAUAUUUACGUAAAAUAAACAUAAAUCUUUCCAUUAAUAAGUUGUAAUUUGCUAAAUAGUUGAAACAGUUAACAUUCCUGGGAUUUAAUUUUUUUAUCUAAAACUUAUUUUUAAUACUCAAAAUAAAGCUGCUGUUGCUAAAAUCUGCUAUAGUACGUUCCAGGUGUCUCAGAAUUGGGAAUGGAACGUCCACAGAGGUUAGCUAAUCCAAAUUAUUUGGUGGAUUAUGUUAGCAUCAGCAUCAGAGGCUAGGUUUGCUAACUAGCUAGCUACUCUAGUCCAACUGUUGAACACAUGAAACCACUGUAGCAACAUGUCCACAGACACCAAGAGGACACUUAAGUGUGUCUGACUUAUUUGAACAAAACAUGGACACAAACUUAUCUUGUGUUACAGCCACCGUUAGCCACUGUUAGCAAUGCUCUACGCUGUAUUUUCAAAGUACAAACAGUGUAGAAAACAAAUGUCCAUUGAUUAAGAAAAAUUGUGUACGACUGAUUUAAUGUAAAACGAAUAAGUAGCAGUAAAAUUAGCAGUGUUUUACGAAACCUAACUCUGGGGUUUGUGAGGUUACUCCGACUAUCUGAGUUGACCUUUUUGUUACAUAAAAUCCCAACUUUAUAGCUAGGUUUGUUAACUAGCAAGCAAUUCUAGUACAAUUGUUGAACACAUGACAUUACUGUAACAUGUCCAGACACCAGGAGGACACUUAAGUGUUUACAACUUAUUUAAGUAGACACACAAAAAAGGGCCAAACAAAACAAAAAACUAGCUUUCUAGAUGCUACGAGCAGCCAUUUUGUGCGAGUGUACACACAGGCACCCAUUAAAUUUUCCGUGAGCACUGAGUGCCAAAAAAUGUGCAAAAUGUACUGACCUGUGAACUGUGACGUUUCUUUGCACCUGGAGAAGGACCUGGACCCAAAACAUGAACUUGUCUAGCUGGUCCGUAGGACAAUUUUGACUACUUACUAAAGAGGCGGUCCCCUGUCUGUGCUGUUAAUAAAUGCCCCGCCCCACAUCAAGGAUAAGUGAAUGCUGUCAGGAAGUUAGCCAAAAGACAACAUGGUUGACAACAGCUUAAACUUUGACCUAGCUAACAGGAGAUUAAAUUAAGUGUUAAUUCAAACACAUUUGACUCUUAAUGCGUGGUUAAGAAUUCCGUUAAAAACUAAUAACUACAUAAUAUUUUCUACUAUGGCGUCUUUUUCAAAUAACAAAACCACUUAAAAAAAAAACAGGACUAUAAAACAGAAAUAGCUGUUAAAGCAACUGUUCAGUAACACAACCUGUAAAAUGCAUAAUUUUACAGGUUAAUCAGGUUUUCCAUUGUUUUUUCUUUGUUGUCAGUCACUUUUUUGGGGAAUUAAACCAAAUAUUAAGGCAUUACCACUAAUUUUUAAACCCAGUUGUGGGUUUUGUGCAAUAAAAGAAGUAAAUUUGGUAAAGAUUGUGUUCACUGCAGGUGAUAAUUCAGUAACAAUAUAUACUGUAUGUGUCUCAAUAUAAUUGUUUUCUACUGCAAGAAAACUGGCUACGUCUGUAGGUAUUACAUGUACCUAAUAAAGUGGCUGUUUAAUGUUUA